AUGAGUCAACACGAUGGCAGCCAGAGCACAGCGACCCCAGAAGAGCGUCUCGACUUGUCCGAGCAGGAUCGUCUGAAGAUUUGCCGUGCUUGCAUGGACGAGGACCUGGAUCAGGUGGUUGAGCUGUUGUCUUCUUGGACACCCGAUCGCACGGUGGCGGCCCUUGCCCCCCGCAAACCAGAGCUCGGGCAGACUCCCCUGUUUGUCGCCUGCUAUAACUGGGACAAUGGCAUCGUCCCCAUCUUGCUGGACUACGGGGGUGAUGUCAACCUUCCCAACAAUAUUGUUGCGGCCAUUUUACAAAACAGCACUCGCCCGCAUGCCUAUAAGGUUGACAUUGACAGCGGUACGAAGAAAGUAUUGGCCGCCGUCAUGCGCGAUUGUCCGCCCUUAUCCCUGCCUGCUUCGCACGCAGAGGCCGAUCCAAACCUCCUCUUGGCACAGCAGGCCAAAGUCUGGUACCAAAGUCUGGCAGUUCUCUUCAGUGUUGGGUGGCACGCAGCGCCCCAAAGCUUCCAACUCAGCGACAUGAACGAUCUUUGGGCACGCAAGCAGGCCGUUCGAAUUCGCCCUUGGUCAUACGUGAACGACCUGCAACGCCGACUUAACUAUAUGUAA